CAAUCGUGGAAAAAGCGCCAAGUUCUACAGCAGGCGCGCGUAAUAAUGUCAAGUUGUUUAUGUUUAAAACGAAACUGCAUACUUUGGAUUGUCUUUUCCGAAAAUGUAACGCAUGAAUAAUAGGACUCAUUAGUUUCUCUUUUAUCUUCUUUAGUGAAUGGUUAAAAUGCCCGGGCUGCAUAGUGGAGGUGGAGUGGUGGCUGCAGCGGGCAGUCCUGUGAAGAAAAGCAAACUCUCUCUAAAGUUCUUCCAGAAGAAAGACACCAAACGAGCCCUGGACUUCUCAGAGCCCCCAGCAGAAGAUAGCUGUGCCGCUGAACCAGAAGAGACUACUAAUCAUGACCAGGUUGUGCCAAUGCCUUGCCCUUCAUCUCCUCUUACUGCUGAGAAGCAAGAGAGCCUGGUGCCCUUUGUAGGGCUUAAUAAUUUGGGGAACACCUGCUAUCUGAAUAGCAUCCUUCAGGUCUUGUAUUACUGUCCUGGUUUUAAAGAGGCCAUCAAAUCUUUGUGUCAUUUGGCUAAGCUGAAAGACCAACAGCAAGAAGAUGGUGCCAAAAAUGAGGGGGACUCUGGAGAGAAUGCCCUACCUGUUCCCAUGGAGCUUCUGGGCAGUUUCCACAGCCUCAUCUCCUCUGUGGAACAGCUGCAAUCCAGCUUCUUGCUUAACCCUGAAAAAUACAACGACGGAGAGCUUGCCACACCACCCCGCAAGCUACUUAACACGCUCAGGCAGCUCAAUCCAAUGUAUGAGGGUUACUUACAACAUGAUGCACAAGAGGUACUGCAGUGCAUCCUAGCAAGUAUCCAGGAGGCCUGUGACACUAUCAAAAAAGAGCAAAUAGACAACCAGAAGGAGAGCACAAUGAGCAAUGGAACGGGGGAGACCACCCACGAGGAUGAUGGGAGCUCAGACGGCCAGCUGAGUGGAAAGAGAAAGAGCGACACAGAAGCAGGCAACGCUAAGAAGAAGCCAAAAUCUCAAAGCAAGUCAAAGAAAAAUGAGGAAAAUGUGCCUAUGACCCGCUCUAAACGCAAGUCCUCCAGUGACAUAACCACAGAGAGUUCGGAAACUAACCACAAGAAUGGAGCAGAGGAGCUAGAGGAAAAAGAGCAAGAGAAGGACAGAGGGAGCACCACAGAGGAAGAGAAGAAUGACAGUUCCCCCAAAGAGGUGGGAAAGAGGACAAGGAGAGGGAAGCUUGGCUGGUUGAAACCAUCUGGGAAGCAGCCUAGCAUCUUCUCGAAGUUCCGCAGCAUGGGACGUAUUACUUCACACAUAGGAGGGAGAGGGGAAAUCAAGAAGAAAUCUGAUUGUAGUGUCCAAGAGAAGCAGGAGAAGGAUACAUCUGAUAACAAGAGCAGAACUCAAGAUGUUAAACAGAGUCUGGGAAAGAGUGAAGAUCUAUCAGGCCUGGAUGUGCUGAAGUGGAUGUUCCAGGGUCAGCUGGUGCUGCGGACACGCUGCCUGGAAUGUGAGUGUUUCACAGAGAGGAGAGAGGACUUUCAAGAUAUCAGCGUACCUGUGCAAGAGGAUGAGACCAGCUCCCCUGACUCCAGUUCUGAGAUUUCUCCAGAUCCCAAGCCUGAUCUGAAAACUCUCAAGUGGGCCAUAUCUCAAUUUGCAUCUGUUGAGCGGAUUGUGGGUCAAGAUAAAUAUUUCUGUGAGACCUGUCAUCACUACACAGAAGCUGAGAGAAGUCUUCUGUUUGACAAAACACCAGAAGUCGUAACAAUCCACCUGAAAUGCUUUGCUGCCAAUGGCUCUGAGAUGGACCCUUAUGCUGGCCUUUCUAAGGUGAACACACCUCUGCAGACCCCUCUCAAACUUUCACUGCACGAGUGGUGCACUCAACCUGAUUCUCCUGACCAGAGCCAUCACUACGAGCUCUUCGCCGUGGUCAUGCACAGCGGAGUAACCAUCAGCAGUGGUCACUACACCACUUACAUCCGCAUGAUGGAUCUCCAUCGCACCAAUCUCAGGCCUCAGUCUCAGGAUGAAGAGCAAGACCGAGACACAGAGGAAGACCUGAAACAGAAGAAAGAGGAGGCACCUCAAACAGAUUACGAUGAUGGUGAGGUGUCUUUCAGCUUGUCCGGCAGGGGCCGCAAUGUGGCAAGAGCCAGUUCAACAAGCAGCAUGUCCGGCAAAGCAGGAGGCAAGAGGAGCUCUGAGGGUGUUGGGCUUUUAGGGGGACAGAGGAGCGUCACCAGUUAUGAGCUCAGCAACGGCAAGCAAACCAAUCCAGAGAAGGCUUCCAGCUUGGCCAGUCGUGCCACCGGUACUCUGCUUCAGAAUACUGUGAAGAAAGAGACUGAGGAAGAGGGAGCUGAUGCUAUGGACGACGAGACCCAGGUGAGUUUUGACCUCGCUCUGCGAAACCUUUUGGACUUUGAGGGAAAGUGGAUGCUGUUUGAUGAUUCCGAAGUAAGACUCUUUGAUGAAGAGGACUUCCUCCGAGCCUGUUCUCCUGAGACGUGCUCCACCUCUACGCCCUACCUGCUGUUCUACAAGAGAGUCUCUCAGUAACAAUAGGUGAUUGGAUAUGGACACUCCUCACAGUUAUGAAGUUUGUGUUAAAGGGAUAGUUCACCCAAAAAUGAAAAUUCUGUCAGUAAUUACUCACCCUCAUGUUGUUCCAACCCCAUAAGACUUUCGUUCAUCUU